AUGAUUCAUCAAGCCAUUCUUCUACUGUUCUUGCUGGCUUCUGCUUCUGCUUCAGCCAUGGGCCCCAAACCCUCGUGCCCCGACAUCACGUAUCAGUUGGCCCCCUGCGUUUCUUACCUGCUGCAAAUUGAGGUGGCGCCGCCUCCGGCUUGCUGUGAUGGUGUCAAGUACCUCAGCCAGUAUUCAAGUGACAAGGAAGAUAGAGAGGCUAUAUGUUGGUGUAUCAAGGGCGCAGCUAGUAUGAUGGGGCUUACUGAUUUUCCUCUCAUUUCUGCUCUGCCUAAUACCUGCGGCGUUUCUGUAAAACUUCCACCUAUCUCUAGCGACAUUGAUUGUUCCCAGUAA